UGUAAUCAAGUCCGGCUUUUAGAACUUCCGGUAUAUAUCUCUCACGAAAUCCGUAAAACAUUCCUCAAAAUGUUCGAUUUUAUGUACCAAACGUUCGUUUUAGUGAUUUUCAUUGCAUGUGUUACUCUUGUUGUCAACACCCAAGAUAUUAUUGAACCUACAAAUGUGAAUAUUUUUAAUAUGGAAGGCCGAAUUGAGGUUUUCUCAACUCGAGAUAAAAAUUGGUUACCCAACACAAGAAUUCUAAUUGAUGGUGGCGAAUACGUUGCUUUUCUUAGAUCUGAUGGAAGUUUUGUUGUGAAUGGGCUACCUUCAGGAUCGUUUGUGGUUGAAGUUAGCAACCCAUCUUUUAUAUUUGAAGCAGCGAGAGUAGAUAUUACAUCAAAGGGAAAAAUAAGAGCCCGAAGGGUGAACUAUUUACAACCAAAUGUUGUUAAAACAUUGCCAUAUCCAUUGGAAUUUAGAGAAAGGGGCAAAGCUAAUUAUUUCCAAGCAAGAGAACAAUGGCGUAUAACAGACUUUUUGUUCAAUCCAAUGGUUUUAACCAUGAUCCUCCCUCUACUACUCAUUAUGGUUUUACCAAAGUUGCUUAAUACUGCAGACCCAGAUACACAGAAGGAAAUGCAAUCACAAAUGAACGCCUUAAAUGCCAAACAAAAUAUGCCGGAUAUGUCAGAAAUGAUAACUAAUCUUUUUUCAGGAGGAAAGAAACCAACCAAACCUAAAGCAGUUACUAAAAGAAAAUAACCAAAGUUUAUUUAUAUGUAGGCUUAUACACUUCAGUCCAAAAUUUGAGAUCAUGUCCCAUCAAAUUGUGAUGGAUACCCUUAUUAUUAACUACCCUGAUCCAUGGACUAUAUUGUAUAGAUCUUUUCUACGGUAGAUACUGUAAUGACCCAGAAACAGAGGGCAAUCUUAACUGAAUGUUCCACUUCCAAAACCUUCUAAGAUAUGCAAUAAUGCAUAAUAUCAUGCCUUAAAAAUGCAUUAUGCGAGAGUUAAAUCUGCCUUCUCAGAAUAAAAGGAUUUUACUGAAAUUUUUCAUUUUCUAUUUUAAACUAUUAUAGCAACAAAAUGCAUCUUUUGAAUUGCAAACUGUAAGUCUAUGACAUGGGCAAUCUAUAAAUAAAUGUAUUAAAUUGGUUAAAUAUGCUGGGUUUUUUUUUUACUGAAGUAAACAACCCAAAAAACUAACCUGAACUUGAUUGUAAAAUGAAUGUUAUAAAUUACAAUACAUGUACCUGCAGUCUUAGAAAGUUACUCAUAAUAUGUUGUUUUUACAUUUGGAAAUCCUAUUCCAGUUCUAUAUAAAAAAUGCUGCACAAACCAUGUACGUAUGAAGUUCUCAUGAUAAUCAUUAGACAUUUCAGUCAUCAACCAAAUAGAUUAUGAUGUCUUGUUUUGUUCUUAGAUCAAAGUCACAACUUUUAAUUAUAUAUCUAUAUCCAUAUUCAUAUUCAUGAAAGCAAUAAAAACGAAUUGUAAACUUUUCUUCAAAAUAAAUAGUACAUUUAUGUGAAUUUGAAUUAAUUCUUGGGAUCACUUUUCGGUAUGUGAAUCUCUUAUCAAUUUGGGUUAAUACUUGUAUCUUUCAGAUGUAUCUUUUUGUAAUUGUAAUAAAAUAAAUGAAAUGAA